UAAGACCUUAUCCUAUGCCAACUCAUACCAUGCUGAACCACAAAAUAUUUGCAUAUUUACUUGCAUAUUUAUUAGUCACAGAUUUAUUUUGAGCGAGAAAAAUAGUGAUUUAAACCUAUUUUCUACUUUUGUUUGACAGGUCGUCAUUUAAACCGGGGAAGGAUGCGUCGAUAAGCAACGUGUGACUUGUCGAUAAGAAGAAUUCGGUACACUUGCCCUCAAAAAUUCGUGACUUUUUAUAAAUUUUUCUCCUAAAUAUCUGGUCGGAUUUUCUUCUUGAAAGAUAUGGUGUGGCCCUGGAUCCGCUCUCUUUGUCCGUGUUGUCCCUUUUCGAAAGGAAAAGAUGAUUUGGGGAGGUCUCGUUUGAGGAGGAUUUACAUCGGUUCCGUGCCCGUGUUGGGGGACGAUGACGCCCCGGAAGACAUGGGCGGUCGGGGUUCCGUCGGGUCGUCGGAAGCUCCACCAAGUCAUAAUAGUCAAAGACGUAAAUCUCGACUGGACAGGAUUUCCUCGCAGUCAUUUUCCGAUAUGGAUUACAAUCCUGGAUUGACGACGAAAGUGGAAAAUCCGGUCAUCCCGGUCAGAAGGCAGUCAAUUAUGGCAGGGGAUUUAAGAAUACCGCCGAAAAAUGUGUUCCCGAAUAAUGAAGUGACAUCGUCUAGGUACACGCUCUUAUCCUUCUUCCCGAAAAAUAUAUAUGAGCAGUUUCGUCGUAUUGUGAACUUUUAUUUUUUGGUCGUUGCCAUUAUUCAGAGUGUCACGAGCAGUCCUGUGUCUCCAGUGACGUCGAUCGCCCCACUCGCAUUUGUCGUAAUCGUGACAAUGAUCAAGCAAGGAUAUGAAGACUGGUUGCGACACAAGGCGGACAAUCUCUUUAACAACAGGCCAGUCAAGGUCAUCAGGGACGGUGUCAUUGAGCUAAUCCACUCCCGCGACGUGAAAGUAGGUGACAUCGUAAAAUUAGAAGGUGAAGAACAAGUCCCCACGGACAUCGUUCUCCUCGGCUCUUCCGACGAGUUCCAACGCUGCCUCCUCAACACGGCUAAUCUCGAUGGAGAAACCUCCCUCAGGAUGCGCUACGUGCCCGCCGGUCUGCCCCAUUUCCGCGACGAAUCCGACUUCCUCACCCUCGAUCUCAUCGUCGAAUGUGAAGAAGCCUGUGAAGAUUUGUACCGUUUUAAUGGCAAUAUUCUCAUCCCACCGGAACUUCCUAGGCAAAACUCUUCUCUGGGGACGAUCUUCGAAACGGUGACCUCUGACCCCGCCGUCGACCCGCAAUCCGUCGUACCUCCCACUGAAGCACCGCCACUCUCCUUUUGUCACGCGCUCCAAUUUUCCCACCCCCCACAACAACAUGACACCACGACCCACAAGGCAACUCCUCCUCAGGCCGUCCCAGAGGUCAAAUUCACCCCCUCAACGACGGGAAAACAGAGGCGCAUCGGGAUCGCAGAGUUCAACAUGAUCUUUCUCGGAAUGGAGAAUGUCAUCUUGAGAGGGACCAAGGUCAAGAAUACGGAUUUUAUUUAUGGCGUAGUCGUCUACACCGGGCCGGACACGAGACUGGCGAGGAAUUCGAAACAAACUGCGCCCAAGUUUUCUACGGUGGAGAAAACGGUGAACAAAUAUUUGUACGCUUUUAUACUGAUUUUGCUGGUUCUGGUCAUAACGGCGACGUUGCUGUCUCUCUUAGUCAAUUGGGUCGGGGUGAAUGGAGAAAAUCCUUGGUACCUUGAAAAAACGGAGGAACAAACUACAUGGGGCUACUAUUUUCAAACUUUCUCCUCCUUCUUGAUCCUGUUUAAUUAUAUAAUUCCGAUCUCGCUCUAUGUCACGAUGGAGAUGCAAAAGUUUAUCGGGUCCAAAUUUUUCGUCUGGGAUGAAGAAAUGAGCACCGAAGCUGGCGAACCUCCACUUUGCAAUACUUCCGACCUCAACGAGGAACUGGGUCAAAUCGAGUACCUCUUUUCCGACAAGACUGGCACGCUGACGGAAAAUGUGAUGAAAACUCGAAUGUUUUCCGUUGAUGGGCGAAUCUACGAGGUGGACGACGCCCCCGGACCGACCGGAAGUGGUGGGCGCGUCGCGGGAUUAUUCGUGCGCGACGAGGAGGACCAGAGCAAGCGGAGUUUCGUCUCGAUAACCCCGGAGGAAGACGCCUUGCUGGAUUUUUGUCGCGUGUUGGCUCUCUGUCAUUCCAUUCAAAUUAUGCCAAAAAGACGGCCCAGUGUCGAAAGUGGAAAUCCGACCGGAUUUGACUUGUUCUUGAAGAGGAGGAAAAAGAAGAUUUCGAGCAAGGUGAAAAAUGCGAAUUCGUUGUUUGCCAUUGGAGCAAAAAAGGGAGGGGACGAUGUCCCCGCGGCGUUGCAAUUAUUGGGAGGAAAUUGGGAGUUUCAGGGAAGUUCGCCGGAUGAGAAGGCGCUCGUGGAGACGUGUGUGCAACUCAACGUUUGUUACGACGGUGAAAAAGAGGAGUUCAUGUCGGUCAACGUUUGCGGACAAGAGGAACGCUACAAACGCCACAUGAUGUUCGAGUUCGACGCGGACCGGAAAUGUAUGAGCGUCAUUGUCGAAAAUGAAGCAGGCGACAUUUGGAUCAUGACGAAAGGCGCAGAGACUUCCAUAAUCCCACGCUGCGACACGGGCCCUAUCCAACUAGUCAAUAAGCAUGUGCUCACCUUCGCCAUGAUGGGAUACCGUACCCUGGUCAUUGCGCGCCGUCGCCUCACUAGAGCCGAACUUGACGUAUAUCUUGGUCGCCUCCGCGCCGCGCGCCGCCUCGUUGAAAAUCGGGACGAAGUAAUGAAGCAUAUUUACCGCGAUGUGGAGUCCCACCUUGAAAUUUUGGGCGCUACUGGAGUCGAAGACCAGCUGCAGGAGGGCGUCGUUGAAACGUUGCAUUCACUCGGCGCGGCUGGAAUCAGAGUUUGGGUGCUGACUGGUGACAAGGUGGAGACCGCGACCGCCGUGGCUUACUCAUGCGGUUUGAUGACCUCUUUUUCCAAACAGCUCGUCGUCACAAAGUUCACGGAAAACGAGGCAGGCACGUUGACCGAGCGGUUGCGCCAAUUCGACGCUGAAAUGGCCCCCGACGACAACACGGUGCUCAUCAUGGACGGAGAAACGAUGGAGAUUGCGCUCAGAUAUUGUCCCGAAGACCUCUGUUCCGUGGCGAUGAAGAGUUUUCGUGUCGUGUGUUGCAGGAUGACGCCGCUGCAGAAGUCACAGGUCGUCAAAAUGGUGAAGGAUACGCCGAGCAAGCCCGUCACUGCGGCCGUUGGCGAUGGAGCGAAUGAUGUCGCGAUGAUUCAGGAGGCGCAUAUUGGGAUUGGAAUAAUUGGGAAGGAGGGACGGCAAGCCGCCCGUUGCGCGGAUUUCGCCCUAGCGCGCUUCGGUUUUCUGCAGAAAGCGAUCCUAGUUCACGGUCACUGGUACUACGUCCGCUUGGCGAAUCUGGCGAACUACUUUUUCUACAAAAACAUCAUCUUCGUCAUCCCGCAAGUCUUGUACUGCUUCUCGUCCGGCUUCUCCACGCAGCCCCUCUUCGACUCGAUCUUCCUGAUGAUGUAUAACAUAUUUUAUACGGCGUUUCCCAUCCUGAUUUACGGUCUGAUGGAGCAACCCCACUCGUCGAGGACGCUGCAGGAGCACGCAUAUCUGUACAAAGACAUCACGUCGAAUCGACUCAUGACGCCCACGGUGUUUCUCAAGUGGCUCAUUUUCGCCAUCUGGCACGCUUUCGUCUGCUACUACACCGCUCUCUACGCCUGGCCCGCAUUCCACCCGCUCCACGAUAUUUCCACGUUCGGAACACUCGUUUUCUCCGGCAUCGUGGCGGUAGCAAAUAUGAAGCUUGCAGUCGAAACCGUGCAUAUUUCGUGGAUUUACAUCUUCUCACAUGUCGUCUCCUAUCUGGCGUACUUCACUUUCUCCGCCGUCUACUCGGAAGUCGAUCUAACAUUUGUCUGGAUAGAUCCGAAACAAUUCCGUUCCGUGUUCUUUACUCUGAUGGCAGUCCCCGUUUUCUGGGUGGUCAUGGUUCUCGUCACGUCGACCGCCAUUAUUCCCGACAUUAUUUGGAAAGGGGUCGAAGGCAGUUGGACUUCGGUGACGAAAUUCUUCCGCUCUUUUCCCAAGAGAAUAAAAUGGGGCCGUGGUAAAGGUCAAGGUGACGAUGAAGGUAAAGGAGGAUGGCCAAGUUUACGCCAAUUCGCACCGUUUUCGGCCUCUACGAGAAAACAGAAUGGAACUGAAAAUGGAAUGUCAAACGACACGCUUAAUUCGUACCUUUAAACUUGUGAUAGAAGGAAGAAAGGGUUGCAAAAUUGGGACAGAAAUUCGCGAAUGAUAUACUUUUUUGCACAAAAAUAUUUUGACUUGACUCGUUACUAAUUUGCGCCAUAGUUAUGGAGUAAAUUGUCAGCGAAGAGGUUGUCUCACAAUCUGUGAUUAUGUUUUGUCGUAUGACACAUAUUUAGUAAAAUAUUCGUCAUAUUGCAAAAAGCAGACUGGAUUAUUCAUUGCCAAAUCAGGAAAAAAAGCAUGCUAUAUUAUGUAACAAUUUCAGGAAUAACUUUAUUUC